CACACACACACACACACACACACACACACGAACAAACGAAGACACUGGGCACUCAUUUGUCUGUGAGCACCCGCUGUUCCAGCACCCAAGUCCUGAAAACUGAAUCGCAAAAUAAAGAUACAAAAAUACCAAGGACGUUUACUACAAAGGAUAACUUUGAGAAGAAUCAAGAUGCCAAAGAUAGUCAGGCCCAAUGACUGUCAUCCAGCCAAAACACUAUGGUAUGACCGCAAAAAGUAUCUUACUGUGAACUUCGUGGUUCAGAACGCAAAGGAUGUUCAAGUUGACAUUCAGGAUACUAAAAUGAUCUUAAGCUGUAAAGAUGUUGAUGACAACAACAUCUAUAAUGAGAUUGAAUUUUAUGAUCGAGUGCAUAAAAACGACUCCAGGGAGAAGGUACUAGAUCGUACCAUUAAUGUUUUGAUCCGGAAAUGGAAGGACAAUGUACCAUGGCCUCGUCUCACCAAAGACACAGCUAAGCCAGCCUGGUUAUCAGUAGACUUUGAUAACUGGAGAGACUGGGAACAUGAGGAGGAAGAUGGCAUGGCUGAGUAUGAACAGUAUAUGGAUAUGCUUUCAGAUAUGAAAAAGAAAGGCGAGCCUCCCAGCAUGGAUGACCUUGAUGACCUUAGUGACUGAGAAAAUACAUUUUCCAAGGUCAGAUUGCUGUGGAAAAAAGCGGAAUAAAAAUUUAUGUGUUAUUUGUUUUCUACUCUUUGUGUAGCAGAAAUGUUUCAGUUGUCAGUAAGUUGUUAAUAUUAUGCAUAUCUGAUCACUUGUUAAAUAUAUUUUUCCAUCCUAAAGCUUUGUAAGGACAUUUGGUUUAUAUAAUAAAUGCAUAUGUUGUUCAGGUGUACAUGCUACUUACAAUCCAAAAAAGAAAAUAUCCCACACUUUGUAAAAUAAUUUAAUAUGUAUUGUGUUACCAUGAAACAAAAAGAUGAAAGUAAAAACAUACCUUUGUUGUAAUAAAAAGCUUAUCCUAGGA